AUGUCCUAUCCCUACCAAAACGCAUAUCUCUCCGUCGAUGAGCGUGUCGAGGACCUCCUCGCGCGCCUGCCCGUCGAGCGCAAGGCCGCCAUGAUGUUCCAAACUAUCUUGGCGGCCGCCCCGUCCCUCGACGCGCCCUCGGUAGCCAUCUGGGACUCUCCCUCUGGUCGACAGCUACUCCAGCGCGGUCUCAACCACCUCAAUCUCAUGGGCAAAUUCUCCACCAUCCGCGAGCACGCCGAAUUUUACAAUGCUGCGCAAAAGAUCGCAAUGGACCUGGAAUUCGGCGUCCCCCUUACGCUUAGCUCGGACCCGCGGCACGCUUUCCGGGAGCUGGCGGGGCACUCCAUGUCAGCUGGUGUCUUUUCAGCCUGGCCGGAGAGUAUGGGGAUGGUGGCGCUGCGGGAUGAGAAGCGGAUGGAGGAGUUUGCCGAUAUUGUCAGGCAAGAGUACGUUGCUGUGGGGUUUAGGGCGGCGCUCCACCCGCAGGCGGAUCUGGCGACCGAGUACAGGUGGAGCAGGAUCAUUGGCGGUCUAGGGGAGGAUGCGGAUCUGGCGAGCAAGCUAGUCGCUGCCCAUGUCAGGGGUCUCCAGGGCGACGAUUCGGGAUCGCUCGGCCCCACCUCGGUCUCUGCCUGCGUCAAGCACUUCCCCGGCGGCGCGCCUGCAUUGGACGGCCUCGACCCUCACUUUGCCUGGGGCGCCAAGCAGAUCUACCCGGGUGACAACUUUGACUACCACCUCAAACCCUUCCGCUCGGCGAUCUCGGCCGGUACGCGUGUCAUGAUGCCCUCGUAUGGCAAGCCGAUGGGGACGAAGUACGAGGAGGUGGCUAUGGCGUACAACAAGGGCGUCAUCGGGGACCUCUUGCAGGAGGAGCUAGGAUUCAAGGGGGUGGUACUGGCGGACUGGUGUGUCAUUAGCGACCUGCCAAACCCGGAUGUCGUGGGGGAUUUGGCGGAGGCCAAGGCGUGGGGGGUGGAGCAUCUCGACAGGGAGGAGCGGGUCAUCAGCGCGUUGGAGGCGGGCGUGGACCAAUUUGGCGGAGAGUACUGCGAGGACGUCCUCAUCAAGGUGAUCAAGGAUGGGCGGGUCUCGGAGGAGCGGAUCAAUCGGUCGGCGCGCAAGCUGCUCAAGGACAAGUUCGAGCUCGGCCUCUUUGACAACCCUUACGUCGACGUUGAGGCGGCGGAGAAGAUUGUGGGGAGGGCGGACUUUAAGGCGGCAGGACUCAAGGCGCAAAAGGACUCCCUCACCCUGCUCUCCAACAACUCGGUCCUUCCCCUUUCCACAGGCGUCAAGCUCUACGUUGAGGGCUUCAAGGACCCCAUCCCCUCCCAGUUCGGCUCUCCCGUCACCUCCCACUCGGACGCCGACUUUGCCAUCCUCCGUAUCCGCGCACCCUACGAGACCUUUGGCAAGGGAGCGUUUGCCCGGAACCACCACCACGGAUCGCUCGAGUACCCUCAGGCCGAGCUGGACCGCAUUGCCGAGAUGUCCAAGCAAACCAAGGUCGUCCUCAACAUCUUUACCGAUCGUCCUCUCGUGCUCGGCUCGUUGGCAACGGACGCGGCGGCGGUCAUUCUUGACUAUGGGGCGUCGGACGAGGCGGUAUUGAGCGUGUUGUUCGGAGAGUCGUCGCCGAUGGGGAAGCUGCCCUUCGACUUGCCGAGGAGCAACGCGGCGGUGGCGGAGAGCAGGGCGGAUGUGCCGUUUGAUACCAAGGAGCCGGUCCAUAGAUUUGGUCAUGGCCUUAGGUAUUAG